GGCUGAUGUUCACGGUAUAUUUAGCCUACUUGGUGGCCGGUGAGAGAUCCGUCGCCUCAGCGCUACAUUCUCAUUCCCUGUGGAUAUAAAACCCCCGCCGUGUAUCUGCUGCCACUAUUUGCCUGUUGUGUUGUAGCCCAGUUUGAACCCGUCCAAAGCCAUGGCCAUGCUCAGGGUGUCUUCUUACCGCAAGCUGUUUGAGGAUGGUAGCUGGAGUCGUAACGGAGGGUUGGGUAUGCAGUGUGCAGGGCAGUACCGGGCCUCCGUCAGGGUUGCGGCCGCUUGCAAGUGUGACCAUGAGUGUGACAUGUUAGACUUUGUAGCUGCCAAGGAGCUCAACAAGGAAGGUCUGAACCGGUUUGUCCAGGACCGCAACAUCAUCGGCGCCCUCAAUGACCGCCUGGUCGGGCUCAUUGAACUGGCCCGUUGUUUUGAGGAGGAGAAUGAGUCUCUUGAAUGUCAGAUUGUUGAGCUAGAGGAGAUGCUGAACAGUCGACAAGGGUCCACCAGCAUCACCUCCGCUGUGGCCGUGCCGGACUACAGUCUGGAUGCAGUGGUGGAAAGACUGCGCAGGGAGAGGGACAAGAUUCUGUGCGACACCGAGGAGCUGCACAAAGAGCUUGAAAGUCUGAUGAAGGAGUACGAGAAGGCUGCACAGCAGAGGAUCCUCCUCCAGCACGACCGACAAGAUAUUACUGAGGAAGUCGACGCUGUGACAGCAGAGUGUUUGGCGCUGAGGGAGCAAGUGGCUAUCUACGAGGAGCAGCUGGCCAACAUGGAGGCCCAGCACACGACGGCGGUGGAGAGUCUGCUGGGGCCGACUGAAGGGACUACAGGAGCGGUGGCAGCUUUUACGUUUGGCAGCCCUGACAUCACCGCGGCCCUGGAUGUAAAGGAGUACUACUGCCAGCUGGCUGAGAGCCUCCAGUACGAGUGCGGUGCAGCCUCCUCCGCUGUGGUUCGCAGUGGUGAUGGAAAGCAACUGGAAGUGGGAGGAGCUGGAGGGUCAACAGUCAAAGACGUGUCAAAGAUAAAGGACAUCGGUGAGAUGAAGAUGCUGAUUUCAGAGCUCCAGAAGGAGCUCGCUGAGCUGGAGAAGUGUAACGAGGAGCUGGAGGACGAGGUUGAGAUGAAGCCGGCUGCGUACAUGGACGAGAUUGCUGAGUUGGAGUGUACUAUAGAUGAAAUGCGGCACCAGGAGUCCGACUUCCAAGUGCAGAUGAAGGAGCAGUGUGAAGACUACAAGGAGCUGCUCAGUGAGAAGAUGGCCAGAGACAUGGAAAUCACUGCCUACAGGAGUCUGCUGGAGAAAGAGGAGGAGAGGCUGUGCAUCCUGUGACUUGAUGCCGGAGAGUCAGACCGGCAGGCUGGAAGCUCCCCCUCACAUGGAUUAGAAAAUAGACCAAAGAGAAAAAACACACCGAGACCAGCGCUAGGAUGAAGCUUAGGGUACCAAACGCAGCAAUUUAAAGCAGAACUUAUCAUGACAGAUUAAUGCCGUCUGGAGGCCCUAAGCCGGGGCCAUUGAUAACAGGUCGCUGGCAGAUGACCCCGAGACGCCCAAGAAAGAUGGAGCUGUCUGAAAGAGGUGGGAGGACGAGAGGCUGUGGGAUGAGAGUGUAUCCAUUCAGUGUCUGGCGGGGAUAUUUCCUUAAGUGGGGUUUAUCUUUACCAGCUCACUGAUUCAUAAAUGUUUUGUCCCCUCUUUGUUGAACGAGUCCAAACACACAAGUGACGGCUCCGUGACGUCAUCCCCCCCUCGGAUACCACCUCGUCCAUCACUCAAACUCUGUCUGAUUACCAGCUCUUAACCUUUGACCCCUUCACUGUUAGCAAACAUAUUGACAGCCCUCCUUUUAGUAACUUAAAACAUCCCUCCUUCUCUUUGCUUUUACAGUCGUGUUUUGUUUUUACAUAUAUCUGACAGUCGACUGUGCUGUUUGCUUUUCAAAUGGUUCAUGAAGUUGUGUUUUUUCUUACAAAUUGAGCACCUGGAUGUUUCUACAAGGAAAGCCUGUGUGAUUCAUUAUUCCUUCUUUUGAAAAGCAAUGUCCCAAUUUGCUGUUGUUUCAGAAAAUAAGCAUUCGGUAAUACAUUCCUUUGUAAUCUUUUCCUUAUUUUCUACUUUCAAGCUGUCUGUGAUAAAUCAUUUUGGUUCCUGCUUCUGCACAAGCAUCACAAUGUGCUUUAGAUUUAAAUUAAAUAAAAGUAGUUGCUUGAGAGAUCACCUUGUACUGUGUGAAAAUCUCUGUUUCAUGAGAGCCGCUUGUGAAUCUUAAGAUGCGCUAUGAAAGUACGCAGAGUGA